GAGUGUUUCUGGCUUCAGCUCACUGUGUGGGGUUGAUCCUCCUGAAACACUUCUGCACAUCCAGGCUGGGCUUUUCUUUGGAGCAUGCUGAGAGUGAUUGCAAACACACUUAAGGGUGGUGCCAAAAUAAAUGGCUCCAGAGUUGUGGUAUCAGCACGUUCUUUUGCUGAUUUGACAUCUCAGGCCAGCUUUGACAUCAAGAGAUGUGACCUUCAUCGCUUGGAUGAAGGCCCUUCAGUGCAGACGGUGCUCACCAGAGAGGAUGGACUCAGGUACUACCGCACUAUGCAGACCUUGAGACGCAUGGAGCUGAAGGCAGAUCAGCUCUACAAGCAGAAGAUCAUACGAGGAUUCUGUCAUCUUUAUGACGGGCAGGAGGCCUGUGCUGUAGGCAUCGAGGCUGGUAUCAAUCCCACGGAUCACCUGAUCACAGCAUAUAGGGCUCAUGGUUACACCUACACCAGAGGUGUGUCUGUGAAAGAGAUCAUGGCAGAGCUCACAGGUCGAAGAGGUGGUGUCGCCAAAGGCAAGGGCGGCUCUAUGCACAUGUAUGCCAAGAAUUUCUAUGGCGGGAAUGGUAUUGUUGGUGCCCAGGUUCCUCUUGGGGCAGGUGUGGCCCUGGCAUGCCAGUAUCAGGGUAAGAAUGAGGUUUGUGUCACUCUGUAUGGGGAUGGAGCUGCUAAUCAGGGCCAGAUCUUUGAGUCGUUUAACAUGGCAGCUUUGUGGAAACUCCCCUGUAUUUUCAUCUGUGAGAAUAAUAAAUAUGGCAUGGGGACAUCUGUGGAACGGGCCUCAGCAAGCACAGAUUAUUACAAGAGAGGAGACUACAUUCCUGGUCUGAGGGUGGAUGGCAUGGAUGUUCUCAGCGUGAGAGAGGCCACCAGGUUUGCAGCAGAUUAUUGCAGAUCUGGAAAGGGUCCCAUACUAAUGGAGCUCCAGACAUAUCGUUACCACGGCCACAGCAUGAGCGAUCCUGGGGUCAGCUAUCGCACACGUGAGGAGAUUCAGGAAGUUCGCAGUAAGAAUGACCCCAUCACUAUGCUGAAGGACUGUAUGAUUAGUAGUAACAUGGCUAGCCUCGAUGAGAUCAAGGACAUUGAUGCCAAGGUUCGUAAGGAGAUAGAAGAAGCAGCACAGUUUGCUACCUCUGAUCCAGAGCCCCCUCUGGAGGAUUUGUGCAAACACAUCUUCUACAAUGAUGCACCUUUAGAGGUCAGAGGUACCCACCCCUGGAUGAGGCUGAAGUCCAUCAGCUAAAGAACCUGCUGAAGAUUCAGCACUUCAUUCAUCAUAAUACAGGAGCUCUGUUCCUUAACUUAUACUUACAAAAAGAUGGAUGAAAUUGUUUUAUCCAUAAAGUCAUAAUUACAUUCCAUAA